AGCGGAGUAGCGUCUCGUGAACACAAUGCAUCUGUCGCUUCCCGCAAAAGUUGUCCUAAUCUAAGCGUAGAUCAUCGCGAUUGUCGGAAGAUUCAGCGGCGAUUAAACGUAUUCAUAGCGUUUACGUUUUGACGUUGUGCGGCCGUCAGAAGCAACAGGGCCGCGAUUGGAGGGCGGGCAGGCGCACGCGCGGUGAGGCCGCGAGCGCCGGGGCGCGGGGGGUGGUGGCCCAUCGCAGCCUCCACGCUCGCUCUUAAUGAAUCGCCGGUACCCGCGGCUCGCGCUGCGCUCGCUCCAUCAGAGUGCUCCUUUUAAAAAGUUGUUAAGGCGCUUUUCUCGCCGUCUCCCUCGCGCCCUCUCGUGUUGCAACAAAAUAAUAUCCGCGGGUGGUGGCUUCCGAGGCUGCAACCGUCAAGAGAUUUACCGAGCGUGGCCGGAAUGAAACCAUAAUAACAACGUAAUUUUACGACAAUAAAUAACUGUUUUAAAUUUACUCAACCUAGGAUAAAUGAUGAACUUUAUAUAAUAUGUAUUAUAAAUUCAUAAUUUUGAGAUGAUUUAACCUCAGAAGGAGGAUUGUUAUGACAAUAACGCGAUGUGAUACAAUACCAAGCAAGUUAUUGGUAUCAAAUGUCUUUUGGAGUCAUGGCGUCGGAAUCAUCGCGACGCUCAAGAUCCGUUUCCAUGGAAACCGGCGGUCUACCUUUGGUUUCGACGUUUGCUCUGCUCACUAUUGUCGCAGGUCAGCUGCAAGGAUCUGGAUACAGUGAGCAGGAGCCCGAGUUUCUGUCUCCGUUAGAGAACCUGACUGUGGCACAGGGUCGAGAUGUACACUUCACAUGUACUGUCAACCAUCUUGGCACUUAUAAGGUGGCCUGGAUAAAAUCAGACACGAAGACGAUCCUAGCGAUCCACACACACAUGGUGACCUUGAACCCUCGGCUGUCAGUCACCCACAACGGUCACAACACCUGGAAGCUCUACAUCAGUAAUGUGGAGCCCAAAGAUUCUGGCACCUACAUGUGUCAGAUAAAUACAGACCCUAUGAUGAGUCAGAUGGGGCACCUCUCAGUGGUGAUACCACCAGACAUUGCUGAUGACGACGGCUCCGAAGCCAGUGCUCCUGAAGGAGGGGCAGUGGAACUUCGCUGCACAGCGGCUGGAGUACCAGCUCCCAUCAUAUCUUGGAAGCGGACUGGAGGAAGGAACAUUGUGUUCCGUGAUGAUAAUGGGAAGGAGGUUAAAGUGGUAGAGAGUUUCGUUGGCUCGACUUUGGCGCUAAAAGGACUUCAGCGUUCCGACAUGGGAACGUAUUUGUGCAUCGCAGCUAAUGGCGUCCCGCCAACUAAGAGCAGGCGAUACGAAGUCUCAGUGUUAUUCGAGCCGAUCGUACGUGUGGGGAGUCCAGUAGUACUUCGGGCGGCAGACAUGCAAGUCACCCUCCAGUGUUACGUUGAAGCUUCUCCUAAAUCACUUAACACCUGGCAGCGAGGAAAAUCACAAGCCGGUGGAAAGCUGCUGAACAGCUCAAAAUACGUCAUAUCAGAGGAAAUACUGAACGAGUACGCUUUGCGAAUGAACCUGACUAUAAAUCGACUGAAGAAGGGAGAUUUUGGCGAAUACACAUGUUCGGCGGCCAACGGGUACGGCAAAGCCGAGGGCAUCAUCACUUUGAAAGAAACGCCGCAACGGACUACGACGACGACAACGACUACAACUACGACAACAACAACAACUCCGCGCCCGACAACAACUACGCUUGCGACAACGAGACCUCCGAAGCGUCACCUCAAGAAACAACACGACCGCGGCAACCAGAACGCACUCGACGCCGACAUGCGACAAGCGGAGCUCAACAACGCCUUCAACUUCUACAACAGCGCCUUCACACCACCCAACAACUCCGUCAACGAGUACGCCCAAAGAACCGAACGCCAGAAACUACGCCCCACUGGCUCAACACGUCAAUACAUCGUAUACAACAAAACUACCAAAACCCAAAACACCAUUCUAUUUACCAUGUUCACAUUACUACUAAAAGUUUUUGUAUAGACAGAAAUUAGAUUUCUGAUUUAUUUAAAAAAAAAAUAUAGCAUUAACAUGUAGUGAUAAAAACAUGGCUGUUGAAUUUUAUAUGUGUAAGUACGUAUUUUGAGGUUGUUGUAAACGUUUUAGUGGAUCUUGAUGUUAAUAUUGUUAUGUAAAAACAUUAUCGGCAGUUGUUUAAUAAAAAUAAUGAGUUACGGCCUUAAUAUGUAAAUUGAGACAAUAAAUACGAACGUUCUUAAUAGUAAGGCUUGACUGUCUUUGGCCUGUUUAAACAUAAUUGAUUAAUGCCAGUGACUAAUUGCAAGUACCUACAUACAUUGAAAGCCUAGAGUUAGCAUACGCAUUUAAUUAGCUUGGUAAAUAUGCAAGAAAUAUUAAAUAAUCACUCGCAUUCAUCAAAAUAAAACAGGCAUUUUUUCCUAAAAUUGCUGUUGAAAAUAAAUUUGUAUGUAUGUACGUAAAAAAGAAAAUAUCAUUAUUAUCAUAUCAGGCGGCUAUUUAAUAAUGACAUAUGGAAUAAAAAAAAAUUGAUAGACUUGAAACAGAUCGAAGGAAUAUCUGAGAAAGAUUUAGAAACUCCGUUUAGCUAACAUUUUAUUAUUCUCGUAUUAUUAUUAUUCUAUACAAUUCUUAUUAUACAAUAAUAAUGGCAUAAUAAACUAUAAUAUAAUAAUAACUUGUAUUUAUAAAAAAAUAUGAUAAUUAUAAUGAAAAUUAGUGGGUAAACUUAGUGCGUAUUAAUUUGUAUAUGACAAUACAUUUGUAAAGACAAUAGUAAGUAGUGGUAAGUUAGAGACCAGUUGAUUGUAAACAAUAGUCGAUUUUGUAUAAUUUGCCCUUAAUAGUUGUAGAAUUAUACCAGUUUUGUAUAAAAUGUUAUAUAAAAAAGAGGGUAUUCUGUAUAAAAAGGGUACCCAGAACAACGAAGUAUAAGACCAACAUUACAAGAUAUCCGUGUGUUUGUAAAUUUUAAAGUAAAUUGUGUCACAAUUGAUUUACAGUAAACAAAAUGCUAAACUUUAUAUAUUAUAAUUUUAGUUUUUUAACUUUUGUAUACGCAAAUAUUGCAUGCUUUAUAUAAAUUAUGUUAAAAUUAUAUUUAUAAUUUAAUAAUUUGAUUUAUUUUCUAAAUUAAAGUUAUGUUUAAAAUUAAGAUCUAAAAAAUAAGUUGAUUAUUUUAUAAAUAAAAAAAGAAAGUGUUAGAUGAUAAAAUUUGAUAUUCGAUAAUAAUAAAUUUAUGUCUUCCGGAUAGUAUAUUAAAGUAAUGUAUUCGGCUCAUUCGUGUUUAUGAGUUAUAUAAAAUAUUAGACGAAGUUCCUUUUGGACUUCACAAGUAACGUAGUCUUAUGUAAGUGACGAGAAAGAAUUUAUCGUAGGGAUAGUGUUACAAUGAAUAUAAAAACAUGAAUUUUGAUAAGAAUCGAUUCUACUGUAAAAAUGAAUGAACGUGUAUUUAGUAAUAAUAAUUAUAGAAUUGAAUAAUAUUUAAAAUUGUAUCACGAUUUAGUUUUAGUCUUACUGUAACUUGUUUGUGUAUUAUUUUAACUAAUCGACUAUUACAAUCUGGCUACUUCUAUAUAAUAAUGUUAUACAAUACGAGUAUGUAUACUUGCAUUAUAUUUAUACAAUCAAUUUACUUAAUAUUUAUAUUAUUUAUCGUAAAUAUAUGAAUAUCGUAAUUAUAUCAAAUUUAUUUUUAAUGUUUACAAUAUAUUAAUCGUCUUACUAACAAUAUCGGAUGACAAUAAACGUACUUCCAUAAUCAAUUUCACUUUUAAAUAGAUUUAUGAAUAGUAAAUAAUAUUUUGUAUAAUUAAUAUUCAGUUUUUAUUGUAAAUAUAUUUUUAUUUUAACGUAUCUGUAUUUUUAAAUAUAAAAUUGGACUAAUGAAAAUUAAUUUUCAAAUAAUACUAAAUGACAAUAAUAUGACAAUCAUUGUAAAUAAUGGAAUUCAUGUUAAACCAAUUUAUUAGUAUGAAAUGCGACUAUUUAUCAAUGUUAACUUUAAGAUGUUGAUAUCAUUUUAUGACAUUUUAAAAUAAAAAAUAUAAUCAAAGUAAUCAUACUGAAUAA